AUGGCCACCGUCGCAUCCUUGCCUCAGCCUGCGCACCUUCUUGGGCCCCACGCGUACCCUGUCCACCACCACCAACAUCAGCGCGUCAACCAUCAACAGAACGGGUUCGGUGCUUUCCACCAUCAUCACCGCGGGCCAUCGCAGUCACCAGCCUCUUUCACCACUUCAUGGCGUGAACAUGCACCCGCUCCUACAUCAGUAGCGCCGGCGAAGUCUACCAACGUAUUUGCGCCUCGGAGGCGCUCAGCGUCCCCAUCGUGGCGUCACGCUGCCGUGAAGACCCCUGUACCGGAUAUGCGUACAAACGCGGGAAACACCAAACCUCACGCCGAUCUUCGUGUUUACUCCAUUCAGGAGCUGCUCGCCCUCGCUUCGUCCCCCUUAGUGGGCGUAAACCCCAAACAGCAGACGGUUCUUACCGACAUCACGGAGCACUGGGUGUGGCGUCGCGGUGCGCAUACGGAGCCCAAACGCUCCCGUCGCUCGCGUAGUCCGCGCUCUACGAGCCCAAGUACACGGUCAUCUUCUCAAGAGUCAUCUUGA